AUGGCUAAUAAUUCCUCUUCUAAAUUUGUUUAUGUAGAAAGUGAUAUUGUAACUCCUGACUAUAGUGGCAGAAGAAGCUAAAAGACUACAAUAUCCGAUGUUUCAGUAAAAAAGAGAGUUUUACUCGUUUGCGUUUACAAUAAAAAGGGCACUCUCAUAACUCAUGAUAUUAUUUAUAGGCUUUUCAUGAAAUACGGAGAGAUAUAUAAAAUCCUUAUUUUUGAUAAAUGUAAAAAUUGGAAAAUUUUUGUAGAAAUGGCCACCCUUGAAUAAGCAGAGAAAGCUAGAGAUGGUCUUAACAACUAUUAAUUAUUUGACGAUGGCUCAAAGAUGACAGUUUAUUAUGCUAAAGUUGAUCAAAUUGUAUUUUAAAAUAAUAAUUCUGGCGGAGUUGACUAUCGUGAGUUAAAACAAAGAAAAGUUAAUUAAAUAAGUAACUUUUAAUCAAACGGAGUCAUAAAUUCUGCCUCUAAUUUGUCAAAGUAAGUAUUAGGAGGUAGUCCCAACUUUAAUCCUCUCUCUGCAGAUUAGUUAGCCAAAAAAGCCAUUAAUUUGAAUGGUUCUUAGAGAAAUUCUAUUUUAAAUGGUCUUGGUGAUAACCAUAAUUCUAUAGAAAAACACCGUAAUAACUCGUUUGACUAUAGUGAGCUAUAUAGAAAAUUUGAAAGUGUACCAAAUACAAGAGUAUCACCUUAACAUGGCAGCAUUAUAGGAGGAAAAAAGAAUUCUCUAUUUUAGAAUAUAUAGCCAAUAUAGAUUACCCAAGAAAACAAAAACGUUUAAGUAGAGGUUAUGAACGACCCUAAUAUGCAAAACUCAAACAAUGAUCUUUCAAAUUAUGAGUUUGAUGAUGCAAACAUGAAUUAAAUCUAGUAAAAUAUCUAAAAGAUAGAUAUAAGCAAUAGCUAGGAUUAAUUAGAUAUAGGUAGUUCAAGAAUUGAUAACAACAGUCCCUAAAGUGAAAAAGAUGUUGAUAAGUAAAACUAAAAUGGUCCCUUAAAUUUUAAGAGUAGCAAUGACUACAAAUCUGGCAGCAAUACCGCAGUUGUAAGUAGCAAUAAUUUUAACAAUGAAUGUGGAAGUAAUCAUCUCAUCCUACCUUUUGGAAAUCAACCUAAUUAAAAUUAUACAAACAAUAACGAGAUAGGCAGCUUUUCUUCUACAAGUAACAACAACCCUGAAAAUCUAAUUGGAAACACUUAACUUGGCUUAUUCAACAAAGGUUAUAAGUUGGAAGACGAAGAUGAUUACGAAGCCUAAGAGGAUGAUUAAAAAUCAGAUGGAGAAUAAAUCCAUCCAGAUAGGAUCAAAAAUGGCGAAGGGAUCGAAAAUGUUGGAGGAACGAUCUCAAAUGAUAUAGAUCCUAGUAGAUAUAUAAAUCCUUUAUAUAUACUAGAAAAUAAAAAAUCUAGAGUAAUCUAUGUCCGUGGUUUAGAGAAAAAGAAUCUAACUACUAAAAAGAUAUAUAAUCUCUUCAGUAAUUUUGGUAAUAUUGAAUUAAUUCUAUAUUUUACUGAAAAGAAGUAUUGUUUGAUUCAAUUCGAAACCCAAGAAGAUGCAACAAUUGCAAAAGAGCAUUUGGAUAACUUGAAGGUGGAAUCUAAUUAAAUGAGAAUUUUUUACUCAAACUAUGAGACUAUCAAAGAAAAUCAAGAGGGUGAAAAGUAAUGCGAAGUAUGGAAAGGUGAGAAAAGCAGCUUCCGCUUCCGUUAUGGCAAACAAAUAUCAAUUAAUCCUGUUACCAACACACUCCAUGUGUCCAACUUGAAGUAGGAUACCUGUAAGCAAGAAGUUAUCAAUGAAAAGUUUUCUUUAUAUGGGUAAAUAGAAGGCUUCCAUCCAAUUCAAAAUUAAAAUAAAUAUAUGUGUCAUGUUAAAUUCUCCACCUCAGAAGAAGCUAUAAAUGCUCUUUGUAAUCUUCAUGAAGAAGAGAUUCUUGGUCGUAAGAUGCACAUUUCUUUCACAAGAGCUAGAAUUUCUCCUUAAUAAACACCUGAUGGACCUCUUGCAUCUAAUAAUAGUAAUAACAAUAAUAUCAGCAACAAUAACAAUAAUAUCAAUAACAUCAAUUAUUCUAACUAUAGAAGAAACUCUAACUAAAAUAAUAUCAAUAUGAAUAAUCCUAAUGGAAACUAAAAUUUAAAUUCUUCCCCUUAAAUUUUGAAAAAUGGUAAUCUUCGAAAAAACUCUAUUUAAAUGAACAAUCUUCAAAAGAACAUUACUAACAAUGAUCCUAUUAAUGAUGUAAAGCAAACUUUAAAAAUCUUAAAUGAUGAUGAGGACUAUAAAAAUAACCAUUAGCAAGUAGUCUACCCCUACUAAGCCCAUUCUGUUUUAUUGCAAUAACCACAAUAUUAUUAAUAACCGAUCACAUACAUUCAAACUGCUCCUAUUGUUUUCUAAGGUUUAAAUCAAAUGCAUCCAAACUAAUAAAAUUAAUUAGGUUAUUACGCUUCAUAUCCUCAUUAACAAUAACAUAUGAACAAUCCUAUUAAUAUGCAAAGUAAAAACUUUACUUUAUUUAAGUGA